AUGGCUGCCAGGCGGAAUCACGAGUUCUACGAGCUCUCAGAGAUUCGACCAGGCUCACAUUCUUCUCAAGCAACAGCCAACCUGAGAGUCACGACUUCAGACCCUCACAUCGAGCCCUUUUCUCUCAAACAGUUUUGGUCUCAGCACGUCAGCUGUGUUGUCGAUUUUGAUAAAUGUCGCGAUCAUUUAGCCGUUGAAAGGACAUUCUUGGCGUAUCUUAGGACUGCCCUGAUGGCCGCCAUGACCGGCACCCUGGUUGCGCAGCUGUUCGUCCUCGAAGAUCAGGACUCGGGCUUCGGCUAUACCAACGUAGGCAGGCCGCUGGCGACCUUCUGUUACGCAUUUGCCAUGUGCACAGUUAUCAUGGGAACAAGUCGUGCCUGGAGGCUACAACAUGCCAUGAUCAGAGGGAAAGCAUUGACUGGAGGGUUUGAAAUCAUUGUUUUGGCAGGAGUGUCGUUCGUGCUGAUAGUUGUCUUCACUGGCUUUCUUAUUGCCCUCGACGUGGUCAAACGAACGACAUCUCGGUCAGAAACGGGAGGCUGA